AUGUUUUUACGUACCCCUGUCGGAAUACAAGCCUUAAACUCGUCACCGUGCUCCGGUGAUAACGGAAACACCACGAGCUCAUCAACCUCUGAGGCAGCAGGCAGCAGAUGUCGGUUUCUUGCUGCGGAGAGGAAACAGGAGAAGAAGGAAAAUUGGAACAGCAUCGGCAGAGCCUCAAGAGGCCGUCGGUGGCCUUGCCAGUCGAAACACGAGUGUGAAGGCGGUGGCGGUUCACGUCUUCAACAGCAGCUUCGCAACAUCGGUGGUGGAGGCAAAAGGCUGGCAGCGGCAGAGGAAGUAAGAGGGGGUGAAGAUGGCGGCUAG